AUGGGACUGUCGUCCUUAUUCGGGCUGCGCAUCGCCGUGACCAGGUUCAGCAGAUCAUCAUGCCUUCAGCGACCAUUGAGUGGAGGUCAAUCCAGCGCUAGGAGUCCCUUUGGCCACACCCGCCGCCUUUUACGCACAGACCGCUCUCAACGGUGGGCCCGCAUGCAACCACCGGCCUCGGCCUUACCGGGUCGCGCAACUACGUAUACCUUGAUUGGCAUCAACACCGCCGUCUUCAGCCUCUGGCACCUGCAGCCGCCACAUUGGAUGAUUCAACACUUUGCAACGAGCGAGCAAAACUGGAGUGAAGGACGCUGGUAUACCUUGCUGACCGCUAGCUUUAGCCACCAAAGCUUGAUGCACUUGGCCGUCAACAUGUUCGUCCUCAAUAGCUUUGCACCACCAGUAGCUGCUGUACUUGGAAGUGCGGGUCUACUCACACUCUAUCUCGUGGGGGGAUUGGGUGCAUCGUUAGCCCAUAUCUACGAGAGUCAGGAGCUAGCAGACCUACGAGCCGGCCGGCGUCUACCAGCGAUUGGUGCUUCAGGCGCGGUUCUGGCCAUUUGCACCAUGUUCGCGCUCAUCAAUCCCAUGCGGCCCAUCUACGUCUUCCUCAUAAUCCCGGUGCCCGCCAUCCUGGCCGUGGGCGCCUUUCUGGCUUAUGACAUCCAAGCAUCGGCUCAACUGUCCCGCCACUCCAACGUCGAUCAUGCUGGCCAUAUUGGAGGGGCCCUGACGGGCCUCAUCUUCUACGCUCUGUGGGCUGCCCUCAAGGGCCGACUCCCCGGAGGCGCACCAACGCGGCCAGCAGUAACUCAAGCGGUUCGCCUCGCCACCCGACGCACCAGUCGGCGCACACCACCAGGAGAGCCAACCAGUUUCAACACGAAAAACAACCGGACUUCCACACGCCCGCGUGGGACUGCGUUUUAAAUGCAACGUCCUGAUCCCCGCCUCCCCCUCCCACUUUGCUGUCCAUAUAAAAGCUCAAACACCCGACCACUUCACCUUUGCCUGGUGUUGUUUCUUGCCUUAUUUUUUUUUUGUCUAAGCGAUUCAAUUCAGCUCUAUGCUC